AAAUUGACUCAGUUCCAUUUUAGCUCCGACUCAAAACAACACGUGCAACGGCACGCAAUUUGAUUUAUAUUAUUAUUGAGUGGUUUUCUAAAUGAAACAAGCCUGCAAAAUGCUGGAGGAGAUGAAAACAAUGAAGACCACUCCGGUGCUGACCAAUUCUCGGCCGGAGUUCAAGCAGAUACCCAAAAAGCUGAGCAGGCACCUGGCCAACUUGGGAGCACCCCAUGUGGACUCCUUCGACGAGAUGCUUACCGUAGGCCUGGAUUACGUAGCCAAAAACAUGACUCCCAUUUACUGGCAGAGUCCCGCUGGCGAGAAAAUCACCCUCAAAGUGGAAGCCAUUUGGAUUGCAAAGCCACAGGUGCCCCAGGAUGUGAUUGAUGUGCGCACACGUGAGAUAUACCCCACAGACUCGCGACAGCUGCAUGUCUCCUACUCCGGCAUGUGUUCCGUGCGUUUGGGCUGGAGUGUUAAUGGUCUGGAGAAGACCCCCAUCAACAUAGAUCUCGGUGAACUGCCCAUUAUGCUGCGAUCAAAGGCAUGUAAUCUGGGAGGAGCCAGCCCUAAGGACAUGGUGAAGCACGGCGAGCACGACAGCGAGUGGGGUGGUAUAUUCGUGAUCCGUGGAAAUGAGAAGAUUGUCCGUAUGCUGAUCAUGACCCGUAGAAACCAUCCCAUCUGCGUGAAGCGUUCUUCGUGGAAGGAUCGUGGCCAAAACUUCAGCGACCUGGGAGUGCUAGUCCAGACUGUCCGUGAGGAUGAGUCGUCCUUGAGCAAUGUACUCCACUAUCUGAACAAUGGCACCGCCAAGUUUAUGUUCUCCCACGUGAAAAGGCUGUCGUAUGUGCCCGUGUGCCUCAUCCUCAAGUGCCUGGUGGAUUAUACGGACGAGGAGAUCUACACCAGACUCGUCCAGGGCUACGAAUCGGAUCAGUACUAUGUGUCCUGUGUGCAGAGCAUGCUGCGGGAAGUCCAGAAUGAAAGUGUUUACACUCACUCGCAGUGCAGGAGCUUCAUUGGCAACCUCUUCCGCUCGCGUUUCCCCGAGGUGCCUGAGUGGCAGCCAGACGAAGAUGUCACAGACUUUAUCCUCAAGGAACGCAUCAUGAUUCACCUGAACACCUACGAGGAGAAGUUCCAGUUGAUUGUGUUUAUGAUCCAGAAGCUGUUCCAAUGCGCCCAGGGCAAGCACAGAGUGGAGAACGUUGACUCGGCGAUGAUGCAGGAAGUACUCCUGCCGGGUCAUCUCUACCAGAAGUAUCUGGGUGAGCGGGUUGAAUCCUGGGCCAUGCAGGUGCGCCGCUGUCUCCAAAAGAAACUGAACACUCCGGAUAGCUUGCUGACCAGCGCCAUAAUGACUCAGUGCAUGCGGCAGGCGGGAGGAGUGGGUCGCUCCAUGGAGUCCUUCCUGGCCACGGGAAAUAUAGCCAGUCGCACGGGCCUGGGUCUGAUGCAGAACAGUGGCUUGGUCAUCAUGGCGGAGAACAUUAACCGAAUGCGUUACAUGUCCCACUUCCGGGCCAUUCAUCGUGGCUCCUACUUCACAACGAUGAGAACCACGGAGGCCCGUCAGCUGCUGCCCGAUGCCUGGGGCUUCAUUUGCCCGGUUCACACUCCCGAUGGCACGCCUUGCGGUCUGCUGAAUCAUCUCACGCUAACUUGCGAGAUCUCAAAGCGUCCAGAUCCCAAGUUGGUGGAGGUCAUACCCUCCAAGCUCAUAGAGAUGGGCAUGCUGCCGCUGUCCAACCGGCGAGAGCCCGAUGCCAAGCUCUAUGUGGUCUUCCUGGAUGGCAAGCAUCUUGGAUACAUUCAUCAAUCGGAUGCCACCAAGAUUGUUGAGGAUUUGAGAUAUGGCAAGAUUGUUGGAACCUUUCCCCAGAUGAUGGAGAUUGGCUUUAUUCCGUUUAAGAAAAACGGCCAGUUUCCGGGUCUUUUCCUGGCCACUGGACCCGCACGAAUGAUGCGUCCCGUGUGGAACCUCAAGUGGAAGCAGGUGGAGUAUAUUGGAACCCUGGAGCAGCUAUACAUGGAGAUAGCCAUUGAUCCCAAGGAGAUGUAUCCGGAAUUCACCACUCACCUGGAGCUGGCCAAGACGCACUUCAUGAGCAACCUGGCCAACCUGAUUCCCAUGCCGGACUACAACCAGUCGCCUCGUAACAUGUACCAGUGUCAGAUGGGAAAACAAACCAUGGGCACGCCGUGCCUCAAUUGGCCCAAACAGGCGGCCAACAAGUUGUACCGCCUUCAGACUCCAGCCUCGCCUCUCUUCCGACCCGUUCACUAUGACAACAUCCAGCUGGAUGACUUUGCCAUGGGCACAAAUGCCAUAGUCGCGGUCAUCUCCUACACGGGCUACGACAUGGAGGAUGCCAUGAUUAUCAACAAGGCGGCCUAUGAGCGAGGCUUUGCCUAUGGCAGCAUCUACAAGACCAAGUUUGUGACGCUGGACAAGAAGAGCAGCUACUUUGCCCGGCAUCCGCACAUGCCGGAACUGGCCAAGUACCUGGACACCGAUGGCCUGCCACAUCCCGGCUCCAAGCUGAGCUGUGGGGACCCCUUGUACUGCUACUUUGAUGGGGAGGUGGCCACCUAUAAGGUGGUGAAAAUGGAUGAGAAGGAGGAUUGUAUGGUGGACAGCAUCCGGCAGCUGGGAACCUUUGACCUUACGCCCAAGAAAACAGUGGCCAUUACGUUGAGAGUGCCACGACCGGCUACGAUAGGCGACAAGUUUGCCUCACGAGCUGGACAAAAGGGUAUUUGCUCACAGAAAUAUCCUGCCGAGGAUCUGCCCUUCACGGAGUCCGGCUUGAUUCCAGACAUUGUGUUCAAUCCCCAUGGCUUCCCCUCCCGUAUGACCAUUGCCAUGAUGAUCGAAACGAUGGCGGGUAAGAGUGCCGCCAUGCACGGUAGUGUCUACGAUGCCACGCCCUUCAGGUUCUCCGAGGAGAACACGGCCAUUGAUUACUUUGGAAAAAUGCUGGAGGCGGGUGGCUAUAAUUACUAUGGCACGGAAAGGCUAUAUUCCGGCGUAGAUGGCCGUGAAAUGACGGCGGAUAUAUUCUUUGGCGUGGUUCAUUACCAGCGACUGCGUCACAUGGUCUUUGACAAGUGGCAGGUGCGUUCCACGGGAGCGGUGGAGGCGCGUACCCAUCAACCCAUCAAGGGACGCAAGCGGGGUGGCGGCGUGCGUUUUGGAGAGAUGGAAAGAGAUGCUCUGAUCUCUCACGGUGCCGCCUUCCUGCUGCAGGAUCGUCUGUUCCACAACUCUGACAAGACGCACACGCUGGUGUGCCACAAGUGUGGCUCCAUUCUGGCGCCGCUCCAGCAGAUUGUCAAGCGGAAUGAGACGGGCGGACUCUCCUCCCAGCCGGAAAUGUGCCGGUUGUGCGGGGACAACAGCUCAGUGUCCAUGAUCGAGAUUCCGUUUUCCUUCAAGUUCCUGGUCACCGAACUGAGUUCGGUUAACAUCAAUGCCAGGUUCAAGCUGAACGAGGUUUAGGUGGAUUAUGAUCUUAGAUUAUUGUUAGGGUUUAUCUUUAUUCAUUGUAUGAUUUAUAAUAAAGUUGAUUUAAAAAAAAAAAACAAAAACUUUAACGAGAAAGGAAACUAACUUUGCUGAUGUUUGUAUACCCUUGCAAUUUGACCAAGGAGCGAAAUUUGAAUCUAUCGUAACUAAGCCAAAAAAGCCUUAAUUUCCAAUCGGAAAACAGUUUUUUGCUAGUUUAUAUUAGGUUAAAAGUUCU